UUAUUAUUGUUAGCAGUACUAUUGGAACCUUGGGCUUAGUCUUAUAUAUUGCAAAAUAUGAUUUUCUAUAUUCUUCUUCUAACAGCUUCAGUUUCAGCGGAGACUGCUGAAACUCUAGAAUACAUGCAGUCUCAGACAGCUCUAGUAGCAGAACUAAGCUUGGAGGGACGGGUAACCGACUGCCUUCUUAGGUCCUACUGCCUAGUUGGAGCACAUGGGGAUACAGGCAGUCAAGUUGCUAAGGGAAUAGCUGACUCCUACGCUGUGUUCAGCGAGGUGAUGAAUACAGUGAAGGGAAGUGAGAAGCUCGUCAACAUGAAUAAACUUAAGUCCAGUUUUGAACUCGGGGCUAGCUCAACAGAUUCAGAGAUAUGUGGACAGGUGUUCAGAUGUGAGCUAGAGGAGAACUUUGACCUACCUGAACAGCAACCUAGGUUGCCUGAGUGCUCUAAUAUUGGGGCUGUUUGUCCAGGGGCUGCUAUUGGUUGUACACUUUGUGGAAUGUUCCUGCCCGGUACAUGUGGUACACUCUGCCCUAUGGCCGGGAUCUUCUGCGGCGCCAGCGGAUACUUUUGUAUGCUCAAACCUAAACCAUAAAUCAGCUGAUUCAACAAAAUUUCAAGAUGGCGUCCAUUUCAAAAUUCAAAUUAUAAUUUAAGUUGUAGUUACUGACUUAGACAGUUUCCACUAAAAUUAAAAGUAAAUUUUUCUAAAAUUUCUGAGGCAUC